AUGGAUUUUCAAUCUCUUUCAGCCAUGGAAAAGAGGCUCAAGGCAUCUUUGCAGUCUGCGAUUGAAAAAGUACAUUCAGCAACGGAAGCGAAGUACACAACAGUCGACAGAAUCAAUGACCAUACUCGUAUUAUGAAAAAGACCAUUGACGAAGGGGAGAAAGGCGAUUGGGUCCAAGUGACAAAUGCACAAGAAAAAGUGGAUGAAGCCAUGAGUAAUGAUGCUAGACAAGAGAGAGAUGCUAGGAACUACUUAGAUAACGUUAAAAAGAUAAUUGAAUUGGGAGAAGAAGAUGAACUAACACGCAGUAGUCCGUUACUGCAAAAUGCCCUUGAAACAGUUCAUAAACUUGUGAGGCAGCUGGAUGAAAUGAAUUUCGUCGUCAGAAAGACUCGUAAUGAAGGACGUGUUUUAAGUGAAUACAAAGAUUUAAUUGAUAAAAGUCGUAAACAGUUUGCAUCAGAAUUGAAAUCAGUUCUUCCUCACGUUGACAUUCAUGCUCAAGAAUUAAAGCUCAACGAAGACGAAUUAAAUGCUUUAAUUGCACAUGCACAUUUAAAAGUAGAUCAGCUGAGGCAACAGCUUGCUGAACAGCAGGUUCGUGAAGAGCAGAACAUUGCGCUGGCUCUAGAAGAGCAAAAGAAAUCUCAAAGUAAGUUGAAUGAGGAAGAAAUCAAUCUGAAAAUCCAGAAACUUCGUGAAGAAAUGCAGUCAGAGGCGGAAAAAAAGCUUCUCAUUCAAAGAAAACUUUGGGAUUCCGAGUUGGAAGAAAAGCUGCAGAGAGCAUCUGCUGCUCAUUCGCAGCAUAUUGAAGAAGUUGUGCGUGCACAAAGGAGUCUUUUUGACAUUGAAGAGAAGCAGAAGAUAGAACAAGCUGUUUUGGAGGAGCGUUCUCAUGUAAACGCAAAUUUAGUUCUAGCACAAAAAAAAUUAGAAGGGAUCGAAGCUGCUCUGAAAUCACGCUCUUCACAAGAUCUAAAGAAUCGUCGUGCUAAAUACAUUUGGAUAGCAUCACAGGAUAUGGUCGAUUCUGUAGUAUAUGGAAUAAGAGGAGGUGCUGCUGAUGAAUCACGUAAAAAACCGUUAGCAACUGAGCUUCAUUCAAUUAGAGAAGCGGAUAAAAAUGAUGACUUCGUAGCAUGUUUAAUCGGUGCUCUCACAGAUGAUAUAAUAUAUAAUGGCGUAUUCACUGAAGAGGAUUUGAAAGCGAGAUUUAGUAAGUUAUACAAGAUUUGUCGGCGAAUUGCCAAGAUGAACGACAAUAAUAUGGGAUUAUUUCAGUACUGUUUAUCAUUCUUGCAAAAUGCAUUGUCUUUUGAUUCGUCCGAGAAGUUUUCAAAAGCGGAAAAGUUUGAUCCCGUUACUUUGGAUUCGUAUGAAAUACUGGCCAGAACAAAAAGCCUUGUUAGAGAAGGUGACUUAAAUUCAGCAGUACGAAUGCUACAACUUUUGACAGGUCCAGCUAGAUAUGUAGCACGAGAUUGGAUAAAUGAUGCGCGAGCGCAUCUUGAGGCGCGUUUCAUUGCAGAAGUACUGAUUUCACAUGCAGCUAUCAAUAACUAUUCAUCUAUUUAUUAA